CGUGUGUGAGACGGUAAGCGCAUUGGGUAACGUCAAGGACGUCUAAACAGUGGCAGCCGAGAGACCGAGAGCACGCCCUAUGAACGCUGAAGGCUUAUCGCGGUGAGCGGGAGAGGCUCCACCGAACCUGGUCCUCGCUCAUUCUAUUCUGAUACGGUAGCAGCAGCGCAGCCUCCAACUAUCUCUUCGGCCUCGCCACGGGCCACGCCAGGCACGGCAGGCACGGCACGAGGAAGCGCGUCUCGGCCCGCAGCAGCCCCCGCGAAACGCGUUCAACGCGAUGGACGCCGAGGCCGUGGCCGUGGAGGCCGGCUUGAACACCGUCACGUCGCGCCUGGGGCCGUUCCACUUCAUCUUCUGCACCCUGUUGAGCGCGGCCUACAUGUACCAGGCGCUGUUCAACCUGACCUUCGUCUUCACCACCAUGCGGGCUGAGCACAGGUGCUUCAUUCCGGAGUGCGAGGACCCAGGCGCGUCGGCGGAUAUGAGGCCUUCCUGGCUUUCGAUGGCGGUGCCCCUCGCCACACCGGCUGCAGGCCUUGCCGCAGGCACUUCGGGGAGUGGCCCGGACCCCUGCCAUCGCUACGCGCCCCUGCCGGCCGCGCCCGGCGCACGGGGCUGCGCGCCAGGCUCCUUCUCCAACUCGACCAUCGUGCCGUGCGAGCGCAGGGUGUUCCCCAACAAGGACCUGUCCAUCAUGACGGAGUGGGACAUGGCGUGCUCGGCGAACAGCGACUGGCAGCUCGCGAUGGUGGGCACGGUCAACAGCUUCGGCCGCGCCCUGGGGCUGCCCCUCUUCGGCCUGGCCUCGGACGCCCUGGGCCGCCGGACGGCGCUGCUGGCGGGGCUGGCCGUGUCCUGCGCCGUGGGGAUGGCGCGCUCCUUCGCGCCCGACUACGCCGCCUUCGUCGGCCUCGAGUUCCUGGACCCCGUCUUCUACGACGGCAUCGGCGGCGCCGCCUUCAUCAUGGGGAUGGAGCUGAUGCCGACCGCGUCGCGAGGCGCCUGGUCCGCCGUCAGCCACGUCGUCUUCACGGUGGGGCUGGUGGUGCUGGGCUGCGUGGCCUGGCUGCUGCCCAGCUGGAGGCUGCUGCUGCGCGUCAUCUACGGCUCGGGGCUGCUGUGCCUGGCCGCCCUGUGGUUCGCGCCCGAGUCGGUGCGCUGGCUGGCCGCCAAGGGACGCACGGCGGACGCCUUCAAGAUCAUCGACAAGGCGGCCAGGAUGAACGGGCUGCCGCGGCCCGACUUCACCGCCAUCGUCUCGCGUCGCGACAAAGCCGCCAAGCAGGCCAAGCAGGGCGAGGCGACGCUGCCCGCGGCCCCGGCCACGGCCUCGGCGGCGCACCGGCCCAGCUUCGCCCAGGACAUGAGCGAGUUCGCCCACUCCCGCGUGCUCGUGCUACGCCUGGUGGCGUGCUGCGCCUGCUGGGCGAUGAUCAUGUUCGUGUACGACGGGCUGGCCGUGUACUCGGUCUCGCUGGCGGGCAACCGCUACCUCAACUUCAUCCUGGUGGAGCUGGCCGAGGCGCCGGCGGCCCUCCUCACCUGGAAGCUCAUGUCCGCGGCCGGGCGGCGCGCCACGCUCAUCUGGUCGCUGGUGCCCGCGGCGGCGUGCUGCGUCGCGUACCACUUCCUGCCCGCGGCCGCGGCCGACGACGUGUCCUGGCCCCGGACGGCGGCCGUGGUGCUGGCCAAGCUGUGCGUCACCGUGGCCUUCACCACCACCUACGUGCUGGCGGCCGAGCUGUUCCCCACCAGGGUGCGCCACACCCUGUACGCCGCGGGCGCCACCUGCGGCCGCUUCGGCGCGUCCCUGUCUCCGCAGAUGCCGCUGCUCGCCGCCGUCAUGGAGUCCCUGCCGCUGCUCGUGUUCGGCGCCGCUUGCUUCUGCACGGCCCUGGUCGCGCUCGCCUUCCCCGAGACGGCCAACGCCGCCCUGCCGGACACCGUGGAGGAGGCGGAGGUCAUGGGGAAGAAGAACUGCACGCCGACAUGCCCGCCGUAGUCAAGAGAGAGGCAAAGAUACUAAUCUGCGAUAUAAUCGUUGUUUUAAUAAAGAUUUUUAAGAAAAUUAAAAUCAUAAAAGCCAUUA